UACAUUGAAGGAAAUAUGUUUUAUUAUUUAAUUUAAAGAAAAAGUAUGAAGAAGAGUAAACGUAGAGAAGGAAAGAAACGGUAAUAACGGACAACCUGGCCACGUAUACGUGCCCCACAGUUUUGGUAAUCUCCCCUGUUCCGCUUGCACUUCUUUUUCACUUUACGUAAUCCUCUGUUUCUUUCUUUCUUCUUUCUUUCUGUUUUUGAAGAAUAUUCUUAUCCCAUUUUCUCUAUUUACCUUACAAAUCCAAUGCUUUAAAUCUCCGAUCACCUCGCCGCCGCAAACACAUCUAAAAAACAUAACCAAAUAUUAUGGCAAUCGUCCCCCCAACUACUACCGUUAAUAAUUCAGAGAUUGUUUUCUUUGACCUUGAAACGACUGUUCCAAGAGAAACAGGUCAGAGAUUCUGGGUACUCGAAUUCGGAGCCAUCGUAGUCUGCUCUAAAAAUCUGUCGGAGCUCGAUUCCUACACCACCCUUAUCAAACCCGACGACCUGUCCGUGGUGGCUGUCAAAUCCGGCCGAGCAGAAGGAAUCACCAGGGAGGCCGUCCGUGAGGCUCCCACAUUCGAGGAGGUUUCCGAUCGGAUAUUUAAUAUUCUUGAAGGGAGAAUAUGGGCAGGGCAUAACAUUCGUCGUUUCGAUUGCGUACGCCUUAAGGAGGCGUUUGCAGAUGUUGGUCGACCGGCUCCGGUUCCGGCUGGGAUUAUUGACUCUCUUGGAGUACUCACCGAUAAAUUCGGUAGACGUGCUGGCAAUAUGAAGAUGGCAACAUUGGCUGCUUACUUUGGAUUAGGGCAGCAAAAGCACAGGAGUUUGGACGACGUUCGCAUGAAUUUGGAAGUCCUCAAACAUUGUGCAACCGUGUUAUUUUUGGAAUCGAGCCUUCCCAAUCACACGUUCAACCGAAAUAUUCAGGCAUCUUGUAGCACUAUUAUGACAAGAAGCCGGGCUAACCCUAUGAACCGGAGUCUAACAAAUGAUACAUUGGCGAUGGGCAGCCACGAAGGAGAAAUCUCGCCAACUCUUGGUUACAAAAAAGUUAUCACGAGAAGCCGAAGCAAUGGGAAGUUCCCUACAGCUAAUUGUAGAGAAGAAAUUAGUAAGAGCAAGAAGACAACAUAUAGUAGCUAUCAUAGAACUAAUCUUCCUUAUGCAAGGGUUAACCUAGGACAGGUGACUGAAAACGUAACUCGGUUAUUGCGAACAGCUCAAAGUAGAACUCUCGGAAACUUGUUGAUGAGGCAUUCACAUUCUUUGUUGCGUUAAGGAGACGAAAGUUGCAUUGACAAUUUGCAUUAACGUCGAUUAAACAACCGAUGAUCAAGAUUUCUUAUGGGGUAACAUAGUUGUAUUAAGAUUGAUUAUUCUUUGUAAUUACAUUAAUUACACUGGUCAUUUGAUUUUAAAUAUAUAUAGUACAUCAUUUGUAAAGUGUAUAUGUUACUAAAUAAAGACACUAAUAUUUCUCCA